AUGAUUCUCUUGUUGGUUUCUCAAGUCUGGAGGACCCCAGCCCGCCGGCAGGGAGCUGGCCUCCGAGGGGAUUCCCCGCCCCCAAAGAGCCUCAUCACUGCACACUACCCCUACCACAGUGACAUCACCCGGGAGUCAUUGCACUUGGGACGUCACGCCGGGGACACUCUAGGACUUGCGAGAGGAGAGGUGUCCUGUGGGGCCCGCCUGUGCCCUGUGCCGCCCUGCUCCCACCCCGCGCAAGACCCCUGUGGAUGCCCCAUAUGCGACGGCUGCAGCUUCCAUGGCCGAGACUGCGGAGACGGCGAGCACUUCCUUGACCCCCAGGACGCCUGCCGCCAGUGCACCUGCUUGGGCGGCACCGUGACAUGCCUGCCCACGCCGUGCCCAGCCACGUCUUGCCAGAACCCGGUCGCUGUGCCUGGAGAAUGCUGCCCGAAAUGCACAGGAAGCUGCCUCUACCAGGGGCGUCUCUACCAGAGUGGCGAGACCUUCCCUUCACCACAAGACGCUUGCCAGAGCUGCAGAUGCCUGGCGGAAGUGGUGACCUGCCAGCCCAAGCUCUGUCCGCAGCAGCACUGCACCCACCCCUUGCCCCCCACCCCCCCAGCCUGCUGCCCAGCCUGCGACGGCUGCCUCUACGAGGGCCAGAAGCACGCCAACCGACAAGCCUUCACCCCGCCCUCCGAGCCCUGCCGGCGCUGCAGCUGUCUGCACGGCAGUGUGGCCUGCGUCCCUCUCGUCUGCCCCCCAGCACCGUGCGCCAGCCCUGUCCGCAGGCCAGGCCAGUGCUGUCCAGACUGCCCAGUGUGCCAGCAUGCAGGCGAGGAGUACCCCGAAGGUGCCCAGUGGCUCUCUUCCCUGGAUCCGUGUCAGCAGUGCUCCUGCGUGAAUGGCGAAUCCUCCUGUGAGCCGAUGCCCUGCGAAGACCCGCUCUGCUCCCACCCAGCUCUGGGCCCUGGGCAGUGCUGCCCGCUGUGCCAUGACUGCCUCUUCGAAGGAGAGCUCUACACCCAUGGGCAGGCCUUUAACCCCGAGUCUUGUCUCCAGUGCAGCUGCCGGGACGGGAAUGUCCAGUGUGAUGUCAUCCAGUGUCCCCUGACAAGCUGCUCCCAUCCAGUGACUGAGCCGGGGGUCUGUUGUCCCCGCUGCAAAGGCUGCAUGUACGAGGGCCGAGAGCGGGCGGACGGCAGCCGCUGGCUUUCCUCCUCCGUGCCUUGCAUGGCGUGCAUGUGCGUGGAUGGCGUGGCUACGUGCGCCGAGAUCGUCUGCAUCAGCUCCUGCGUCAACCUGAUCGAAGUCCCCGGAGAGUGCUGCCCGCUGUGUGCAGACUGCAGUUAUGACGGCCGGCUCUACGGACCAGGGGAGAGUUUCCAGCCAGGAGGGGAUCCUUGUGAAAUCUGUACCUGUGAGCUGAUGUCGGACGGUGAACAGCAUCUGCAGUGCUACCGCAAGCAGUGUCCCAGCCUGGUGGACUGCCCCCGGGACCAGAUCCUGCCCCCUGGCCCUGGGCACUGCUGCUCCAGUUGCGCUCAGGCGCUGAGCAACUGCACUUCCGGCCUGGUGGGCAAUGAGGUCCAUGCCACUGACGAGCCGUGCUACACUUGCCAAUGCCAGGAUCUGACCUGGGUUUGUGUGCACCAGGGAUGCCCGCUUCUGAGUUGCCCCACGGCCGAGCAGUUCACACCUCACGGUUCCUGCUGCCCCAUCUGUGACGAAUGUGUGAUCGAAGUUGACGGGCGACACGUGUCUGACGGAGAGACCUGGAGGGACAGCGCUGACGACUGCGUCACCUGCUCAUGCAGUCUGGGGCACAUUGAGUGCCACAUCCAGGAAUGUGUGCCGGUGGUGUGCCAGGAUGGGCAGCUGAAAGUGCAGACGCCAGGACACUGCUGUGCCCAGUGCCAAGAUCCCAGCAUCAGCUGCUCCCACCUGGGCCGCACCUUUCAGGCCAACGAGCAGUGGCAGGUGGACGAAUGCACGGCCUGCACCUGUGUCUCCGGGGAGGCCCACUGCCGCAGCAAGCGCUGCCCUCCGGUUGCCUGCGCAGCGGAUGAGACCCCCGCCGUUACCCCUGGCAUGUGUUGCCCGCACUGCGUGCCCCGUCCCGCUACCUGCGUGGCCUUUGGCGACCCGCACUACCACACUUUCGACGGCAAGAUGGUCCACUUCCAGGGCGGCUGCACCUACAUUAUGGCUCAGGACUGUGACGGAGGAGAUUUCAGCAUCCAUGUGGCCAACGAUGACCGCGGGCGCCAGGGUGUGUCCUGGACCAAGGAAGUGACAGUGUUGAUCGGUGACACCGCCGUGCGGCUGCUGCAGGACCGGGUCGUCAUGGUGGAUUCCCAGACUGUGACCCUCCCCUUCCUGAAGGAACCUCACCUGUACGUCGAACUCAAGGCCAACACCCUCCUGCUGAACACCAACAUCGGUGUGAAGGUGCUCUGGAAUGGCCGCUCCCAUCUGGAGGUCAGCGUUCCCGGCACCUACAAAGGCCGCACUUGUGGUCUUUGUGGCAACUUUAACAGCUACCCUCAGGAUGACCUCCGGCUGCGGACCGGGCAGCUCACUCUGUCAGAAGCCGCCUUUGGCAACAGCUGGAAGGUGGUCAGCGACAACACCACAGAACGUGGCGGCUGCGCCGAUGGGCAGGACGUAGACCCCUGCAAAGAGACCGGCUACCGCUCCCGCAAAGAAGCCAACGCCCGCUGCAAGGCGCUGAAGCUGCCGCCGUUCGAGCGCUGCCACGCCGCCGUCCCUCCGGAGCCGUUCUUCGCCUCCUGCGUCUACGACCUGUGCGCCUGCGGGACGGCCAGUGGCGACGACUGCCUCUGCGAGGCCCUGGAAGCCUACGCCGCUCAGUGCCGCCAUGCUGGGCUGGUGCUGCAGUGGCGGUCGCCCACACUCUGUGCCGUGGGCUGCCCCCAAGACAGGGGCUACGUGUUUGACGAAUGUGGACCUCCCUGCCCCAAGACCUGCUUCAACCACGCUGUGCCCCUGGGGGUGCUGGAAUCCCACUGCUUCAAGGCCUGCGUGCCAGGCUGCCAGUGCCCAGCCGGGCUGGUGGAACACGAAGCUCACUGCAUCCUGCCCGAAGCCUGUCCUCCCAUCGUCCACGGCACCCUCUGAAUCGGAACUGGGCCGCGCUGGCCUUGGAGAGCCCUCGGGUCAUCGUC